AUGGCUUCCCGAAUCGGAGAAUCUAACCCGGUGUCCAUCUUGACACUACGACUGUUGGGGAAUGAUAAUUUACAUAAGAUCCUAUCUACAGGUAACUACAAACUACGAAUUGAUCUUGAAGACUGGAACGGUGAGAUGCGGUAUGCUGAAUACGAUACGUUUGUCGUAGGCAAUGAAGCUACAAACUAUGUACUCACUAUUGCAAAUUAUAAUGGAAAUGCUGGAGACAGCCUUACUGCACCAGAUUUAUCAUUCCCACCAAAUGGAUAUGGGUUCUCAACAUGGGAUAAGGACAAUGAUGGAUCCGGUUUUAAUUGUGGAAAACUAGAACAUUCUGGCUGGUGGUUCAAUUGGUGUACUGAGGGUAAUCUAAAUGGGAAGUAUUACAACGGUGGAAUGAUUGAGAGAGACGGGAUAUACUGGGAAGCCUGGAAACUCUCACAAUAUUCUCUCAGGAGUGUAUCGAUGAAAAUAAAGCAAAUUUGA